UAGAGAGAGAGAGAGAGAGAGAGGCCACUGCAGAUCAGCAUUUCAUUGCUAGGUUUAUACACUCCCCUGCGAACGAUUGCUGCUAAGUUUCGGAAAUUAAGGGUGAUCAACAGCGACCUGAUCUUGUUCGUCAGUGGCACAGAAAGCUGAGAGUAUUUCGUUACCAGGCCGGUGGCUCCAGUUUUUCUUGUCAGGAAAUUCAGGAAAAAAAAAAGGAAAGAAAGAAACCUUGAUAGAUGGCCGAGGAAUCAGCAGCUAUGGUCAUACCAGAAGAAACAAUUAAUGUUGUAACAAAUAUUAAUGAGCAUCAGGGGCCAACAUGGUUAGUAGAGAAAAUCAAACAUGCUAAAAGCAUAGCGCUUAAUCGCCCAUCACGUCGAACUAUUUUGAGUAUUUACAGGGUUCCUCAUUCGCUUCGGGAAUUGAACAAAGAAGUUUACACGCCUCAAGUUAUUUCAAUAGGGCCUUUUCACUACCGCUCGCAAAAAUUGCAAUCCAUGGAAAUUUAUAAACUGAGAUAUUUCAGGAGGUUCAUGGAAAGAAUUACCAAGAUCAACAGGGAUGAGAUGUUAGCAAGCAUUAUACAAGAUUCGGAAGAACGGGUACGUGGAUGUUAUGCAGAGGCCAUUUCAUUUGAUAGUGAUACUUUGAGGCAAAUUAUCCUGGUGGAUGCGACCUUCAUCAUUGAGUUUUUCUUGAGAGCUUGGUCGGUAGAAUUUUUGAGAGAUGACGGCUCUAUAGAAGCAGAGCCAUGGGCGCUGCUUUCUUGGAUAAAAUCUGACUUGAUAUUACUUGAGAAUCAACUUCCUUUCUUUAUAAUCGAGAAAUUAUAUGAGCUGCUUCCACUCGAUCAGUCUCCCUCAAUAUACCCAUCCAGCUUCCUCGAGCUUACCUUUAACUUCUUUGAAUUUAUGAAUAUUCAAUUGAUACGUCAUGAUGAGAUAGAUUCAGAAGAAGUAUUGCACUUUGUUGAUUUGUUGAGAUACUUUUACUUGCCUCCUGACCAAAAUAGGCUCCCAAAUAGAAGUUUUAAAGUAGUACACAAAAUGUACUGUGCCUCCCAGCUGGCUGAGGCAGGAUUGAAGUUUAAGGCAAGUUCAAGCGGAUCCAUACUUGACCUAAAACUUAACGAGGGAGUGCUGGAAAUCCCAAGAUUUACAUUACGCAAUGCCACGGAGAUUUAUGCUCGGAACCUCAUGGCCUUGGAGCAAUGUGUCUAUCAAUUUGAAAGAUAUGUUACUGAUUAUUUUAUGAUGUUAGAUUUCCUUACCAAUACAGGCAAAGAUGUGGAUUUACUUAUUCAACAGGGGAUCCUUGUGAAUGAAAUGGGCACCAACAAUAUUAGGCCACCUUUCGCCGGCAAUUUGUGCACAGGUAUCUCAUUUAGGGAUGUCAGUGAUGAUUAUUAUGAUAUCUGUAGACAAUUGGUGGAUUUCCAUAGAAAACAUUGGUACGUAAUUCUGAAGAGUAGCUUGAAACAUGAUUAUUUUCGCACGCCUUGGAUGGGUGCUGCUACCAUUGGUGCUAUUAUCUUGUUGAUUUUCACUCUCAUACAAACUGUUUGUGCUGUCAUUUCGACAUUCAAGUAGAGUGAAUUGCUGCUUGUGUAAUAAGAGUAUAUAUAUUAAUGGAUUGCUUGCGUUGCAUUGUCAUAA